AUCGUAUUUCAUGAGACUUCAUCGUUUGUCCGGCGGACCAGCAGGAUCUCCUGGAGAGCCUUGAAGGCGCCAUGCUUCCAUCGCCCACUGGAGAAGCCACCGACCGUGCUGGAAGCAAACGAAAGCUCCCUCCAACUACAUAUUCCCCCACGCUCAGGGGUGCAUGGCCCCGGAAGAGAGCAUUCGUUGCAUGUCAGACCUGUCGGGCCCGGAAGACGAAAUGUGACAAUACUCGUCCUACCUGCGGUAGUUGCCGACAGCUUGGCUCAACUUGCAACUUCCCGGAUCCAAACUUGGAACAAGCAUCGUUCGACCCAGCAAGUUUAACUAUACUCGAUCGUCUCAAUUACUUAAUAGGCAUCGUUGAAUCCGAGCAAAAGGGCCGGAUGCCAGGCGAUUCGAAUCCCGCAGCAGAACGGCAAAGCACUGAUCCAAUGAUCUUUGGCUCUGUGCCGGAAUCCACAGAGACAUAUUUCACGCCAGAUCCGGGGACUUCAGAGACGCCACAUGCAGAUGUCUCGAACAUCAGAUCAACCCUUCGGACUUCAACAACUGGUAAUGUCGAUGGAGUCUCUCUCCCACGGAUCUUCCAUGGUUCAAGCGAGGACAUACUGGACUGGUCGGUGCUCCAUUCCAACUAUGGUAGGGAACAGAUUGAAAAGCUCAUUUUUGAUGAGACUUUGCAUUCUGAUUUCGAAAGCGGGCGCCAUGCCACUUCCCCCAGCGCUGUGAGCCUGGAUCCUCGCAACCAAUCCAGCUUGGGUCGCGGGAUUCGAGAAGAGGAUGUCCGGGAUCUUGUAGAGAGAUUCUUGGCUAACGUUCACACCAAGAACCCGAUCUUCGAAUCCAAUGUUCUGCGAGAAAUUGCAAGGCCUGUCGCAAGUGAGGGGCUCGGCUGGGACGCUCGAACAUGCCUUGUGCUUUUGGCCUGUGCAUGUGCCGCUAUCUCGCAACCCUUUGUUCGCGUGUCCAUCAGUGAUCUUCCGGGUAGCGAUAGCCUGGCUGAUGCGCCGGAUUAUACGACAGCAGAGGCAUAUUACGACGCUGCGCGCAAGCGUAUUGGUCUUCUUACCAACACAAAGUUGGCGACUGAGUGCCAUUUUCUCGCUGGUGUGUAUGAAAUGUACUCGAUGCGCCCUCUUCGGGCAUCCAUUUCCUUCAAUCGCGCCUGUGUCGCGUUCCAAGCCUUGACCUGGAUGAGGUCGGAGCACUAUGUGGACGAAAGCCGGCUGGAAAAGGCUCAGGCGAGCCGUCUCUACUGGUCGUGCCUCAAAUCCGAACAUGAGAUCAUGGUCGAAUUGCGCUUCCCUGCAUCUGGACUCACCACACUCAACUAUACCCAAGCUUUUCCUCUACCACCUGGAAUACCAAACACGUCGCAAACCCCAAGGGCAUGGCACGUCUCUGAGGACCUGCACGCUAAGACCAUGAGAUCCGGAGAGCUGGAUCCCGAAUUUGAAAAAGCCUGGUACUACUAUCUGGCGGAUAUAGCAGUUCGUCGCAUCCUACAAAGAGUUUUCGACUGCUUUUACAAAUCAUCUCACCAUGCCUGGCUACAACAGAAUAUUUCACAUAUGAUAUGGUCCGCCGAUGAGCUGGAUCAACAACUGACGCAAUGGCGUGACAAUCUUCCUUCGCCGGUUUCGUUUAAUGACAAAUCCUUGGCCGACGACGAGUUGAGUUUCCAUUUGCAGGCCCGCUUUGCCGAGGUCAAGGAACGCAUAUUUCGUCCGUUUCUGUAUAUCGUAAUCCAUCGUCCGGGACCUGGAGUGCAGGACCGUGGUCGGCGCCAACUUGUGCAGAAGCACAUAUCUGCCUGCCUCCAGUUGAUCCAGCAUUGGAAUACUACGCAUCGACACCACGGAACUUGGUUGAUGGUGCGCCAAAGCUUUGCUGCUGGGUUGCUUCUCGUCGCUGCGCACCGAUCUGGUCUCACAGAUGGUGAGAUAUCCGACGCGGCCUUUAGUGACACAAUGCGGACUUGUAUAGGAACGUUGCGAUACUGGGAGCGUGAAGCCCCGGAUUUAAGAGCGUCACGACUAAUUCUUGAAGAGAUGACGGCCGAUCUGUUAAGCUGA